UGUUUCGCGAAGCGUUCCGCAGCUUCCGUUUGUUGCGCACUUCUCAUUGGCUGUCGGCUUGUUUGGUGUUUUCGCGGGUUUUCCGUGUUGUCAAGCGCUGUUGUUGCUGGCAAAGCUACUAGAUGUUUAGUUGAAUUGGAACAAUUUAAGUAAUACUCCUUUUACGGUCCUGUGGCAGUGUUCUUUUGGUUAUUGUUUUAGUUACUGUCAAGCACGUGUACCAGCCAUGGGAAUUAAGGGCCUGGCCAAAUUGAUCGCUGAUGCGGCGCCUUCAGCUCUCAAGGAGUGUGAAAUCAAGAGUUACUUUGGCAGAAAGGUUGCUAUUGAUGCAUCCAUGUGUAUCUACCAGUUUUUGAUUGCUGUACGCCAAGAUGGAAAUGUCCUUCAGAAUGAAGAAGGUGAAACAACAAGCCACUUGAUGGGUAUGUUUUACCGCACCAUUCGCAUGGUUGAAAAUGGAAUCAAACCAGUUUACGUGUUUGAUGGCAAGCCACCUCAUCUGAAAUCUGGAGAGUUGGAGAAGCGAAGUGAAAGGCGGGCAGAAGCAGAAAAAAAGUUGGAAGCAGCUCAGGAAGCAGGUGAGGUGGAGGAGGUUGAGAAGUUCACAAAGAGGCUGGUAAAAGUAACCCAACAGCACAAUAAGGAAUGCAAGAAGCUGCUGAGGCUCUUGGGAAUCCCUUAUGUAGAGGCUCCAUGUGAAGCCGAAGCUAGCUGUGCAGCUUUGGUGAAAGCAGGGAAAGUAUAUGCUACUGCAACAGAAGACAUGGACGGUCUGACAUUUGGGACACCAAUACUGCUGCGGCGUCUAACCGCUAGUGAAGCAAAAAAGCUUGCAGUUCAAGAAUUCCACAUAAACAAAGUACUUCAAGAAAUGGGGCUGACACAUGAACAGUUUGUAGAUCUCUGCAUAUUGUUGGGGUCCGAUUACUGUGAAACAAUCGGCGGAAUAGGACCAAAGCGGGCAAUAGACUUGAUCAAGCAACACAAAACUAUUGAAGCCAUUUUAACGCACAUUGACAGUAAUAAAUACUCUAUCCCAGAAGGCUGGCUGUACAAAGAGGCACGGCAGUUAUUCUUAAAUCCUGAGGUUGUGGAUGCUGAAGCUAUGGAGCUGAAGUGGAAUGAACCAGAUGAGGAGGGUCUUGUCAAGUUCAUGUGUGAAGAGAAGCAGUUCAGUGAAGAACGAAUAAGAAAUGGUACAAAGAAACUUAUGAAGAGCCGGCAGGGCAGCACCCAGGUGCGAUUAGAUGAUUUUUUCAAAGUCACAGGGUCACUUACGUCAGGAAAAAGAAAGGAGCCAGAGCCAAAAGGUUCAGCAAAGAAGAAAACCAAAGCAGCUGCCGCUUCUGGAAAAUUCAAAAAAGCAAAAUAAACUACAAAUCACAGACUUUUUAAUUUUAAGUUAGUCCAUAUCCUCCUAGUUCUGAUUCUGAAAUCACUUUUGAGUUGUGGAAGCCAUCCCUACUGCUAAGGAAUGAGACUUUCAGUACAUCUAGAAGUGACCAGUAAUACCAAGUAGGAAUUGCAAUAAAGCUUGCAUCUUAUUUUUCAGAAGUUUUAUUGAUGAAUGUGUUUUCAAUAAAAUUUUAUAAAAAGUG